AUGAGUUUUAAAACUCACAUAGCAGUUGCAAUUUGGAAUAACCAGGAACAUGAGCCCCUUAGGUGCAUGUCGAAGACAUCUACCAUUCGUGAGUGGAAUUGGUGGACUAAUCCAAAUAAUAGUAUAUUCAAAGGGUGCAUUCAGAUGUCUGGAUUAAGCAAUUUAUUAGGUGUUCUUAUCGGAAUGUAG